CCUUUCUUAUGGUUUCUGGUUUUAUGUAGGAAGACUUGUUCUUCGUAGGUCUGGGGAAAAUAUUUAGUUAUUUACUUCAAUGGGUGGUUCAGGGAAAUGGGUGAAAUCUCUUAUUGGUCUCAAGAAGAAUGAAAAAGAUGACCAAGUGUGUGGGAAGAGUAAGAAAUGGAAGUUAUGGAGGAGUUUUUCUGGGGAAAUGGAGUCUUCAUGGAAGAGUUCUAAAGGAAAGUUCAGAGGAGAUAAUGGAGGAUCCGAGUCCUCACAGAGUUCUGAUGCUUUAAGUGCUGCAAUGGCUGCUGUUGUUCGAGUUCCUCCUAAAGAUUUCAGGGUCGUGCGGCAAGAAUGGGCUGCUAUUCGCAUCCAAACUGCUUUUCGUGGCUUCUUGGCAAGAAGGGCAUUGAGGGCUUUGAAGGGAAUCGUGAGGAUCCAAGCCUUCGUUCGUGGUCGACAGGUGAGGAAACAGGCUGCCGUUACGCUCCGGUGCAUGCAGGCUCUGGUUCGAGUCCAGGCUCGAGUCAGAGCUCGGCGUGUGCGAAUAUCCAUAGAGGGUCAGGCGGUUCAGAACCUGGUCGAUGAACACCGCAGCAAGGCCGAUCCCUUGAAACAAGCUGAGGAGGGAUGGUGUGACAGUAAAAGAACAUUGGACGAUGUUAAAACCAAGCUACAAUCGAGACAGGAAGGUGCAUUCAAGCGAGAACGAGCUCUUGCUUAUUCACUUGCACAAAAGCAAUGGAGAUCGAAUCCGGAUUCAGUUUCAGUUCCAUAUCUCAAAAAUCAAAUGUUUGACAAGAACAGUUGGGGAUGGAGUUGGCUCGAACGUUGGAUGGCAGCCCGACCAUGGGAAUCUAGAUUGAUUGAACAGUCACAAUCCGACCCUUCGGAGCCAACUCCGCCACCGAAACAUUGUUCGGAAUUACGAAAGACUACGAGUCCGUCCGAACAAUGUUCGGUGAAAGUCAGAAAGAACAAUAUCACCACCAGGAUAUCAGCAAAGCCUCCCCAUAUUGGACAAGCUACUAGAUCAUCUUCAAGUCCGAGUUCCGAAUUCCGAUUCGAGCAGAGCUCCGCUUCGUCUUCAGACAGAACCGAUAAGACCAGCAACCGUAGGCCAAGCUACAUGAACUUGACGGAGUCUACCAAGGCAAAACAAAGAGCAACAAACCAUGCGUUGAGGAGAAUGCACAUGCAGUCCAUGGAUGAGUUUCAGUUUAAGAGAUCAGGUGGUUUUUAUGAUGGGGAUUCAAAAAGUAGUGUUGGUUCGGAUCCUACGGUUCAUAUGUCUCGACCACUGUAUCCGCCUACAACUACAAGAUUGGAUAAAAGCUCAAUGUAAUGUAAACCCUUGGUGUUCUUCUUUUUAGUGAGAUGUGGCAAACACUUUAUUUAGGUAGAGUUUAGUUCGAUGUAUUGUUUAUGAGGGAAUUGGAAU